AUGGAGGACCGUAUGCGAAAGUUAGAGGCUACCGUGAUUGAGCUCAACAGCAAAAUUGACAACGGGAUCCAGGCCACACAAGAUUCAGUCACUGAGUUGAGCUCACAGAUGAAUACCCAGUUUGCAUCCUUCAGAGAUGAGAUGAUCAACUUACUGCGGCUGAAUCGACCUGCACCUCCAGUCAUGGGACACUCACCUGGGCAAUCCUCAGUCCAAGGGCGAGUUCCUGAGAGUUCAGGAGGCAGGCCAGACAAGGCACCUGUGCAAGAGCCUGAACUGGAAGAAUUGGACCCUGAGACAAUGGCUUCUGAAGGGCCACAAGCUGAGUGGAUCCCUAGGAGAAGGAUAGUGGGGGGCCUCAGGCCAGGAGCAGGACAAAAUUCAGACAUUUACCCCCGAUUUAAAAGUGAGUUUCCACCCUUUGAUUACGCUAAUCCUAGACAGUGGGUGCUCAGGUGUGAAAAAUUCUUUGUGUUAUCUCAUAUUCCUAGAUAUGAUGUGAUAAAUCUGUUGUAUGUCCACUUGAGUGGGAAGGUUGGACUGUGGUUUGAGGGGUACAUUCAUGGGUUGAGAGAAGGGUUCCAAUGGAUAGACUUUGCAGAGGCUGUGUGUAAGCGAUUUGGGGAUAGUGGUGUGUCACUCAUGGAGGAUUUUACUGCCUUUAAGCAAUGGAGUGGAGUGGAUGAGUAUACUGAUGGGUAUGAGGGGUUCAAAAGCCUUUUAUUGCAAGCACACCCUGGUCUCACAGAGAACUACUUCCUGGAAAACUACAUUGCUAGGCUCAAGCAAAAUCUAAGAUGCUUUGUCAGAACUGCCAAGCCAAACAGUCUAGAAGAUGCCAUCUGGCUAGCCAGACAGUAUGAAAAGGGGCUGAAAGGGAGUGAUGGACCUAAGGCUCCCAGUUGGAACUCCAAACCUACACAAAACCCCAGAACAUAUAGCCCAAAUACCAACCAAUCUUACCCUCAGAACCCAAACCACAAACCACCCUUACAACACCAACCUACUGCCUCUAAAUCACCAGAGGUCACCCAAUUCAGAAACCAACUAAGAGAACAGAAGAGGUGCUUCAGGUGUUUUGAACCCUGGCAGCCUGGGCAUAAGUGUAGUGGUCCUACCUUCAAUAUCAUAGAGGGCCUGGAGAACAAUGAAUUGCCUAGCUUAGUGGAAGCAGAAGAGGAUGGGACAAUUCCUGAAGAGGCAGAAAUAUCAUUAUGUGCUGUGGUGGGUGGAGAAGGCCUAAAUACUAUUAAGUUGUUGGGAUGUAUCCAGAGGCAGCCUAUUGUCAUACUAGUAGACAGUGGAAGCACCCAUAGCUUCCUUGAUCCCCAGUUGCUUGAUCACAUGAGGAGGCAACCUGAGAAGGCCAAAGCCUUGGAAGUCACAGUGGCAAAUGGUGAUAAGGUGAUUAGUGAUUCAGUUUGCCCCAAUCUGAGUUGGCAGAUACAACAAGAAAGUUUUACAAAAGAUUUCAGGUUAUUGAGACUUGGGGGUUGUGAUAUGGUGCUUGGUAUGGAUUGGGUGGAUCUGUUUGCCCCCAUUCAGCUACACACAAGGCCCCCUGGUAUUUCUUUCCACAAGGAUGGGAGAAAAGUUUUUCUGAAGGGAUUGGCUAAGAAGGUGAUUUUGAAAGCUGCCACAGACAAGCAGCUUAAGAAAUGGCACAAAGAAGGAGUGCAAGGCUUCCUUGUGCAAUGUUGCACUGUGACAACCUACAACUUACCCUCCAAAUCAGCCACCAAUAUCACUGAACCACAACCUAAGUUUCCUGAGCUCAGCAGUUUACUCUCAGAGUUCCAAGACCUAUUCCAAGAACCAAAAACCCUACCACCCAAGAGAGCCUUAGACCAUACUAUCACCCUCAUACAUGGAGCUAAGCCUGUUAAUGUGGGGCCUUAUAGGUAUUCUUUUGAUCAAAAGAAUACCAUUGAGAAAAUGGUUGAUGAAAUGUUGGCUGCUGGGGUGGUUACCCCUAGCUCUUCUUGCUUUGCAUCCCCAGUCCUACUUGUCCCCAAGAAAGAUAGCUCAUGGAGGUUUUGUAUAGAUUACAGAGCACUUAACAAUAUCACAGUGAAGAAUAAGUUCCCUAUUCCACUAGUGGAAGACCUUUUCUCAGAAUUGUCUGGAGCCAACUGUUUUUCUAAGCUGGAUCUCAGGUCAGGGUACCAUCAGGUUAGGAUGAAGGAAGGGGAGGAAUUCAAAACAGCAUUUAGGACUCAUCAGGGGCUCUAUGAGUUCAAGGUGAUGCCAUUUGGGCUCACCAAUGCACCAGCUACCUUUCAAGCCCUAAUGAACUCAGUAUUCAAACCAUUGUUGAGGAAAUUUGUGUUGGUUUUCUUUGAUGAUAUACUGGUCUACAGUCCUAGCUGGGAAGUCCAUUGGCAGCACCUAAGAGAGGUCCUUCUAACCAUGAGACAGCAUCAACUUCUAGCCAAAAUGAGUAAGUGCUCAUUUGCACAAACUCAAGUGGAAUACUUAGGGCACAUCAUCUCCCAGGAAGGCUUGCAGACUGAUCCUACUAAAUUGGAAGCUGUGGCAGCUUGGCCUAGACCUAAGACUGUCAAGGCCUUGAGGGGUUUCCUAGGCCUUACAGGCUACUACAGAAGGUUUAUAAGAGCCUAUGGGGUGUUGAGCAAACCCUUAACAGAGAUGUUAAAGAAUGAUGGAUUUAAAUGGGGUCCAAAGUCUGAUCAAGCUUUUGAGCAACUCAAGUCUGCUUUGUGUAAUUCCCCAGUUCUAGCAUUGCCUAACUUUCAGAAAGACUUCAUAGUGGAAGCUGAUGCAAGCCAUAAAGGGAUGGGGGCUGUGCUAGUCCAAGAGGGGAAGCCUAUAGCCUUUUUCAGCAAAGCAUUUGGGGAGAAACACCUUGGGCUGUCUAUCUAUGAAAAGGAAUACCUUUCCAUUAUAAAUGUUGUGGAUAGAUGGAGACCAUACUUGUUAGAAAGGCACUUUGCUAUCAAAACUGAUCACCAUAGCCUUCAGUUUCUCUUAGAACAAAAGAUUACUACUGCCCUACAACAGAAAGGAUUAUCUAAGCUUCUAGGGCUGGACUACUCCAUCCAGUACAAGAGAGGGGCAGAUAACCAAGUAGCUGAUGCCCUAUCCAGAAGGGACUAUGAUGAAGGUCCAGUUUUGAAUGCAAUCUCCGUAGUACAACCUCAGUGGUUAGAAGAGGUUCUCAAUAGUUACACAGGGGACACUUGGGCUUCCACUAAUCUGACUGCUGCCCUAAUUGACCCUACAGACACUACCAUUACAGUCACUAGUGGGCUCUUAAGAUAUAAAGGCAGGCUUUAUAUUGGCUCCAAUGGAACCUUGAGGAAGGAAUUGAUGUUGAAACUGCAUGAAUCUGCCAUUGGGGGACACUCUGGUCAAACAGGUACAUACCAAAGAAUGAAGGCACUCUUCUAUUGGAAGGGGUUGAAGAGAGAUGUGAUUGAGUUGGUUAGGACAUGUGACACCUGCCAAAGGUGCAAACAUGAGAAUGUGGCCAAUCCUGGUCUUCUACAACCCUUAAACAUCCCAGAAGAAGCUUGGCAAAGCAUUUCCAUGGACUUCAUAGAGGGUUUGCCACUGUCCAAGCAGAAAAAUGUCAUCUUAGUGGUGGUUGAUAGAUUGACAAAAUAUGCACACUUCAUUGCAGUAUCUCACCCUUACACUGCUGAAAUUAUUGCUAAUCUCUUUAUGGAAAAUAUAUACAGAUUACAUGGGCUUCCUAGGAGUAUCAUCUCAGACAGAGACAAGGUAUUCACCAGUAGGUUUUGGCAGGCUCUAUUUAAGAAUAUGCAGGUCCAAUUAAAUCUUUCCACAGCCUAUCACCCCCAAACUGAUGGCCAAACAGAAAGGGUCAAUCAGUGCUUGGAAAGUUACCUGAGGUGCAUGGCUUUUCAAAAACCUGCUAGCUGGGGAAAGUGGCUUCACCUUGCAGAAUGGUGGUACAACACCAACUACCAUUCUGCCUUGAAAUGCACCCCAUUCCAGGCCCUCUAUGGGUAUACUCCCCCAGCUCUAGUCUGCAAUGCAAUCCACAAGGAUGAUGAGUCCAGUUGGCUGAUUGAAAGAAAUGCUGUGUUGGCCACUCUUAAGGAGAAUCUGAAACAAGCCCAUAAUAGGAUGAAAGUUCAGGCAGAUAAGGGUAGAAGUGAAAGGAUCCUCAUGGUGGGAGAUUGGGUUUAUUUGAAGGUACAACCCUAUAGACAGGUCUCUUUAGCAGUCAGGAGCAACCUCAAAUUGGCUUCUAAAUACUAUGGGCCCUACAAGGUCAUUGAGAAGGUGGGGGCAGUAGCAUAUAAGUUGCAAUUACCUGCAGGAGCACAAUUGCAUCCAGUGUUUCAUGUUUCCCAAUUGAAGAAAAGGGUGGGGGAAGGCACAGUGGUGCAGCUCGACCCUCCAGUACUGGACAAGGAUGGGCAAUUGUUGACUGAACCUGUCGCAGUAUUGGGCAAGAGAUUAGUGGAGAGAAACAACCAGGCUGUUACACAACUUCUGGUACAGUGGGCUAAUCUCCCUGACUCUGCUGCAACCUGGGAAGAUUAUUACCACUUGAAGAGCCAAUUUCCUUCUUUUGAUCCUUGGGGACAAGGAUCGUCUAGUGGGGGAGGUGAUGUAACGACCCUGCAAGCUGGUCCAAAUGGUGAAGAUAAGGAGGGGAAGGGAAGAGAAGCAACGAAUGAGAAAGAGAAGUCUUCUAGGGUAAAAGAUUUGUUGGCACACCAGGGCCUUCUGAAAACCUUGAAGAUGGAAAAGCCAGCUAAUUUGAGAGAGGCUGAUUGGAGAGAGUUGAAGAAGCAGGAAGCUACGGACGUGAUGCUAGAUGAGAAGGUGGUGAGGGGCGCUGUAGUGUUGGGCAGCGCGGAUACCAGGAGUGGUCGUGGACCUGGUAUGGGCCGGGUUUGGCAUGAGUCAAGGCUGGGGCGCUUUUGUGUUGGGGCAGCGUGGAUACCAGGAGGGGACAUGGACCUGGUAUGGGCUAGAUGCAGAAGAUUGAAGAGGGAAACUUAUUCGGGGUUAAUCUCGAAGGUGCAAAAUAAGCUCACAGGGUGGAAGAUGCGAUCCCCCUCUCUAGCUGGCAGAAGAACCUUGGGCGCAAUCAGUGCUUACUGCCAUCCCUGUUUAUACGAUGUAAUCCACCCCUCUCCCAAUAGGGAUGCAAGAAAGUGUAAUUUGGUUGCUUGGGAUACUAUCACUCAGGCAAAAGAGCAUGAUGGUCUGGAAUUCGGAAACUCGACUUGGCAACCAAAGCACGAAUGUUCAAACACAUGGAAAGGGAUUCUUGGCGCCACUUCCACUAUGUUGAAAGGUCUGCGGAAAUAUGUCAAGAACGGGAAAUCAACUCUGUUCUGGUUGGAUUCUUGGCUCGGCCACCGACCUUUAGCGGACCCACUCCAUUCACACUUACCACUUCUGGAACUCCGCCUUUGUUUUAUACACGAUGACAAUCAGGAGGAUGCUGUGGGAUGGGUGGACGAGAACUCCGAUAAGUUUUCAAUAAAGACAGCUUACAAACUGAUCAUGGGUGAUUGUGAAGCAGAUGACAUGCAUGGUUGGAGUGCUAUAUAUGGAAACUUAAGGUCCCUAGCCGAGUUCAAGUAUUUUAAUGGCUUGCAAGGCAUGAAAGACUAA